GAAUUUAAUGAAUUGGCGUGUGAAACAAGCAAAAUGGAGCGCAAAGAAGUGGACGCACAGCAGUUCAUUGAUCACACGCUGCUGGCCUCGGAGCUAAUGCGGGAUCCAAAUCACUUUAUUAUGGAUCUGAUCGAUCACACAGGAGUGUUCCCCAAGGCCGAGGGACCCACCAAUCUGACCACCAACACGGGAAAUCCCCCCAAUGAUGGGACUGGCGGCUACGCGGAGAAGGAGCUGAACUUCCACAACACAAUCUUCCAGUUGGUGAACAAGCAUGUGAACGAAUCCUCCGCCGCGGACAGCGGUGUGGGGCCGGUGGUGUCGCAGCAAGUGCAGCAGCCAGCAUUCCCAGCCCUGGCCAUAGAACCGACCGUACCCAUCGAUGUCUCGGCGUGUCUGCACGCUGUCGACGAUGACGAUCUUCUGUAUGUCCAUAAUGCUCUAACGACCAAUGCCCGCAAGGUGCUGCCCCACAAGAAGCGCAUCUCGAGGAAGCUCAAGGGCAACAUCGAUGCCGAGAUGGAGCAGCAGCACCAGCCGCACCACCAGCAGCACAAGCAUGUCAUUCAGCAUGUCCCACCAGGAGCGGCUUCGCUCUACAGCUGUGAGAUCUGCGGCUAUGCAGUGCACACACAGUUGGACUUUUUUGCCCAUCUCAAGCAGCAUUAUGAGCCACCAAUGGCCAUGGAACAGCGAUUGGAAGUGCCGAUCCAACAACAGCAGCAGCAGCAGCAGCAAGAACAGCAGAAGGAGCCGUUGGACAUGUGCGGUCUCUCCACACAGGAUAAGCUUCAACAGGAACAGGCCAAACUGGAUCAGGUCUUUCACGAUGUUCAGCUGAACUUUGAGAACUUUCACCCCAUCAGCCAUGUGGAUCACGAUGUGGGAGUGCCUGUAAAUGUAAAUGAUGUUGGCGUCAAUAUGGUCAUGCAUGGCGAAGCCACAGACAAACUGAAUACCGUGGGAGCCACCAGCAGCUCGCCCAACGUCAACGUCGUGGUCCCCGUCGUGGAUGAUGUGGAGUUCAGUGACACGGAGGACAUGCUAGAGGGCAUACGGAACGUAGUGGAUAAGGUGUCCAUCGAGGACACUUGCGAUGAGCUGGUGGAACUGGAGCUAACCACAGCCACGAUCCGGGCGCCCUGGUUUAACAACAACUUCAGUGACAUCACAUUUCCGGGGCUGCUGCUGCCGGGAGAGCCGCCGCCAGCGACCACGGAGCAAGCGGCGACGCCGCUGCUCAAAGAGAAUCCCAAUGGGACGGAACAGAUGGAUUUGGAUUUCCUCAGUGCCAGCAAACGAGAGGAAUCAAAUGAAAUCAAAAUGGAGAAGGCGCUGGAAAAACCCAUCGAAGGGAUUGAACAGCCCCUGCUGGUGGCGCCACCAAUGUGCUGUACCUCUCCGGCACCGCCUGCUGCCCCGCCGCCCGGCUCGACCGGCUCGCCGCUAGUCCUAAACGAAGCCGGCUUCAAGCUGGAGGCCGUGGAAAUGCCCGACGACAGCGCACCACCUUCACCAUUCGACAAUGGCGACGUAGGCGGCGACGGCGAUGGCGAUGGCGAUGGCGACGGCGAGGAUGAAGACAAUACCGAUAGCUAUGCCAUGGAAAGCACCGCCACGAGUCCGAGCGAGGACUCGCCGAGCAAAUCGAGGAGGAAGCACUUUUGCGACAAGUGCAACAGGGACUUCAAUUCGUACAAUGCCCUCAAAUACCAUCAAUAUACACACAACCAGGAGCGCUCGCACAAGUGCAGAAGCUGUGAAAGAUCCUUCUACAACCAGAGUGCGCUGACGGCCCACGAGAAAACGCACUCUGGGAUAAAGCCCUUCGAGUGCGAGAAAUGCGACUCCAAGUUCCGACAGUGGGGUGAUCUCAAGUACCACAUCAUAUCCAGACACAGCGACAUCAAGGCGCACAUGUGCGAGUUCUGCGGCAAGAGCUUUUCCCGACGGUACUCUCUGGUCCUGCAUCGACGGAUCCACACCAGCGAGCGGAACUACGCCUGCCAGUACUGCGACAAAACGUUUCGGGCCAGCUCGUACCUUCUCAGCCACGUCAAGGUGCACACGGGAGAGCGACCGCACGAGUGCAGCGUAUGCCAGAAGAAGUUUCGCGUCUCGGGGGAUCUCAAGCGGCACUCGCGUAUACACGAUCCGGCCAGAAAGAGCCAACCUCCGGCCGCAAAGGUGGAGAAAAAAAAGCUGAAGCAAAUCAAAGAUGAGGAGGAGGUGGUGGCGGCGGCGGCGGCGGUGGUUGCCACCCAUAAACAAAAGUCUGACGCCCUAUGCGACGAAUCUGAGCAGGAAAUUCUCGGCCUAUAGCCGUGCUGUGCCAAGGUUUCUUCAAUAUAGUAUUAGCAAAGAUUAAAGAGCACAUAGAUGAAGCAUUCUGGGUGCCCGUGAGCCAUCGGAAUACCUGGCCAUACCUGGAAUACAUCCAAUGGGCAGAAGUGCCAUCUAUGUGCUCCACACUCUUGUGUACUCGUAAAUUAUAAAUCCUAAGAUUUUUGUACCAUACAGCCAAUGUGUAAAUACCAAGUACAGACGUGAACAAAGGGCCAUGUCUUUUACAUUCCACAACGCGUUCCACAGGGUCCCCCCCAGCCCCCCAAACAGCCGUUGAAUAAAAAGCCACUCGAAAAUUCUA